AAAUCUUCUCUGUUACUUGCUACCUGUUCUUUCUCUCUAUCUUCAUUCUCCUUUUUGAGCUUAAAUCAGCAAAUUGUUAUCUUUCUUUCUCUACUUUGCUUCUGUGAAUUGGUUUUUCUUUCUUCUGGAAAGUAAUGAGUGGCUUUUAUAGUUCAUAAUGUUUCUCUCAUCUUGAAAGCUUCAGAUCUGGUUCUUGUGUCUGCAAAGUAGUUGUGUUCUGUUUUUUCUUUCUUCAGUUGAGCACCCAUUUUUGUGAAAUCAAAAAACUCUUUUGUGGUUGCUUCAAGAUCCUGAAAAUCUGGUGAAAAAAAUGCUGGAAGUUGGAAAUUUCAAUGCCCUCUUUUUCCAAACAAACACUACUUGUAAUAAUCUUCUCCGAGAGCUUCAGCAAAUAUGGGUUGAAAUUGGUGAGAGUGAGGCAGAGAAAGACAAGAUGCUGAUGGAAUUGGAGAAAGAAUGUCUUCAAAUCUAUCAAAGAAAGGUUGACGAGGCUGCAAAUUCUAAGGCACGGCUUCAUCAGUCUGUUGCAGCUAUAGAAGCUGAAGUUGCUUCUCUAAUGGCUGCUCUUGGAGUCUUAAACAUCAACUCACCGACAAAAGUGGAUAAAAGCUCAAAAUCAUUGAAAGAAAAGCUUGCAGCUGUGACCCCUCUAGUUGAGGAGUUGAGGAUUCAGAAAGAGGAGAGGAUGAAGCAGUUUUCUGACAUAAAGGCCCAAAUCGAGAAGAUCAGUGGAGAGAUUUCAGGAUACAGUGAACAUCUCAACAAGGGCAUGAUCAGUUCCUUGACUCUCGAAGAACAAGACUUGACUCUCAGAAAACUCAACGAGUAUCAAACACAUCUCCGCACGCUUCAAAAGGAAAAGUCUGAUCGCCUCAACAAAGUCUUGGGCUAUGUCAACGAGGUGCACACUCUUUGCGGUGUUCUGGGAGUUGACUUUAGUCAGACGGUUUGUGAGGUUCAUCCGAGCUUGCAUAGGACAGACCACGAGCAGUCUACAAACAUUAGUGAUAACACACUUGAAGGACUAGACAACAUGAUUCAGAAGCUAAAAACCGAAAGAAGAGCUCGGUUUCAAAAGCUGAAGGAUGUAGUGGCUUCGCUUUUCGAGCUAUGGAAUCUAAUGGACACACCACAAGAAGAGAGAACUAAAUUUGGAAGAGUUACUUAUGUUGUGAGAUCAUCUGAAUCUAAUAUCACUGAGCCAGGCAUCCUUUCCACCGAGACAAUUGAACAGGUGUCUGCGGAAGUGGAGAGUCUGAGUAAACUGAAAGCUAGCAAAAUGAAGGAACUUGUGAUGAAACGGAGGUCUGAGUUGGAGGAUCUUUGCAGAAUAACUCACAUUCAACCUGAUACAAGCACUUCAGCUGAGAAAUCAAGUGCACUAAUUGAUUCUGGGUUAGUGGACCCUUCGGAGCUUCUUGCAAACAUCGAAAUGCAGAUAAACAAGAUUAAAGACGAAGCACAGAGCCGUAAAGACAUCAUGGACAGAAUUGACCGUUGGCUCUCUGCAUGUGAAGAGGAAAACUGGUUGGAAGAAUAUAAUCUGGAUGAGAACAGGUAUAGCGCUGGAAGAGGUGGACAUGUAAACCUCAAGCGUGCAGAACGAGCCAGGGUUACAAUCAAUAAGAUCCCAGCAAUGGUUGACAAUCUUAUCAAGAAAACGCUAGUUUGGGAAGAGGAAACGCAGAAGUCAUUUCUCUAUGAUGGUGUUCGGUUGGUUAAUAUACUAGAAGACUAUAAACUGACAAGGAAACAACAAGAAGAGGAAAAGAAAAGAUACCGGGACCAAAAGAAGAGGCAGGAUCUCUUACUAACCCAAAGGGAAUCCAUAUAUGGAUCAAAACCGAGUCCAAGAAGAAGCAGCAGCUUCAGAAAGCCCAAUGGUUACAGCAUUAGCAAUGGUAAUGGUUCAAUGCCUCCCACGCCUCGCAGAAGCUCGGUAGGGACAACAACACCUGAUCUUCUUCUGACACCGAGAUCUUACUCUGGUCACCAUCGCCAAAACGGGUAUUUCAAAGAAGUUAGGAGACUCACUUCCACUCCAUUAAACUAUGUGGCCAUUCAGAAGGAAGAUACUGCUUCUACUACUUACACAUCGAUUUAUAGCUCUGAGCCAGACUCACCUCUCCAAGGCUGACUUUGACUCUCCUUUCGCACUGAGAUUGAUGUUUAGAAGUUGGAUAUAUGUGGUUAAGGAUUUGUGGAGUAAUCUUAAUAAUGAUGUUACCGUAAAGAAGAAGUCAGUGAUGGGGAUGAAGAUGCAGACUUGUGAAUACAGAUAAGGUGACUUGACUUGUUUAGGAGAUAUGGAGAGACAACGAAUAUAAAUAAAAUAAAACUGUAUCUGUAACUCUUUUUAAUCUUUCAGUGAGAAAAAUACUAUUUUUGCCGUGUGAAA